ACGAGCCAGCAAGAUGAAGUUUAUUAUAUUGGCCUUUUUCUCUUACGCCGUUAUGCUCGAAGCGUAUCCACACGAUGGAAUUGGUUUAUUUGGCCAAAGAAUUGGCUCUGGAAUCGGUAGUGGCGUUGGCGUUGGCGUUGGUAGAGGCGUUGGUUUUGGAAUUAAUGGCGUGGAAACGAUUGGACUUGGAGCAUUAGGAUUAGGGUUGGGUGCGGCAGAACUGGGAAGUGGUUUAGUCGAAGGAGUAGGAACCGGAUUAUCUACUGGUUUAGGAGCCGGAUUGGGCCUCGCAGGUGUUUAUGAUGGAGUACAAAGAUACGAGAGCAGUGGUCGUCGUCAGCAACAGCAGUAUCAGCAUAGCAGACAAGGAUACAACAAUCGAGGACAACAUCAAAACCCAGGCCCCUAUGUCAGCAGAAUCUAGCAGAAAGAUUAACAGAACGAGAACGGUCGGCUCUAGCAACACUUCAC